AUGUCCUCCUCAAAUCCCGGCAACUUCGCCAACCGCUCCCACGAGCAAGUCGAAGACAUCGCCCGGAAGGGCGGCCAGUCCUCCCACAACUCUGGCUUUACGCAUAUGGACGAAUCUAGACAGAAGGACAUCGCAUCGCAAGGCGGCCAGGCUAGCGGCGGUAGCUUUAGACCUGGUGAUCCGCGGGUCAGAGAGGCUGGUCAUAAGGGAGGUUUGAGUGGUGGGCAGCAGCCGGAGGAGUAA